AUGCCGCCCAAGGUUCAUCUCGUGCGCCACGCGCAGGGAGAGCACAACGCAACUCGUGACUACACCAUCCGCGAUGCCGUUUUGACAGCCAAGGGCAAGGAGCAAUGUGCCACGCUGCGUUCAGCUUUUGCUCACCACGACGAGAUUGACGUGGUUUUCGCGUCUCCACUGCGCCGCACGAUUCAGACUGCAGCGUUGAGUUUUGGGCCUGUGCUAUCACGCCAAGAAGUGUCGUUCGCGUUGCUACCAGCGUUGCAAGAGGUGUCCAACAUUGCUUGCGACGUUGGCAUUGCAGAUAUCGGCGCCGACGUGCACAAGUUUCUGCCCGACUUGUUCACUCCAGGCGAGCUUGACUUUGAUGUUGGCAAGGUUGAUGCUUCGGCCGUGACCGAAGGCUGGAACUCAAAGCAAGGCUAUUGGGCGUACGAGAAGACGGCCAUUUCGAAGCGGGCAGCAGAGUUGAGGAAUUGGCUUUAUCAACGGCCCGAGGCGCAGGUCAUCAUCGUGACCCAUGGUGCAUUUGCGCACUUUUUGACAGAGGACUGGGACGUGGAGGAUCCCAUGCUGGGGACUGCUUUCAAGAACUGUGAGCAUCGUGUGUACGUCUUCUCUCCAGGGUCCACGGUUAAAGAGGCCCAUCUGGAAGAGACGUGGGAGAGUAGGAGGAAGCGAGGCGGCCCCGAGGUCGAAAAGGACCCGCAUGUAGUGGAAGAGUUUCUAAAGACGGCUGCAUGA